AUCUCCACAACAGUCUUUGAUCAGUUAUCGAACAGUAUUAACCAUGUAUUCCUCAACGAAACUCGUCGCCUGUGCGCUCAUCGUUGCCCAGUUGGUGGGCUCGAUUCAGUGCGGAUAUUACGACAACACGGAUAAGUGGGUCCUAUCCGACAAGUCAAGGCCUUUCCCGGAAAACGCCGUCCUGGGUGGCUAUGACUCAUACGGCUAUGAGAACUUCGUGGGACGAGUGGCUUACUCGAGCUCAGUGCUGCCAGCGCGUGUUAGGGCAGAAACUGGAUACGCUACAUAUAAUACCGAAUCAGUUGGUAAUCAGGCCACCUCAUACGAGCUGUUGGUGUCCAAUGAGACGGUCAAAUAUGACUGGGUGCGCAGCUUCGAUGGAUUCUUGGAGAGGAAUGCUGUAUCUGUGGGCACAAGUGCUACAAACGAGCGCGUCUACGUCUGCCGUGGCCGAACUGAUGGUGGAAUUUUCAUUGGCACCCUGUAUCUGGCGCAAAGGGCUUGCUUCAUUCGCUACGAGAAUUUGCCCAUGAGACAGCUGAGCAAAUACGAAGUCCUUGUGCGAAAAUAUGCACCUCUAGCAUGGGCACCAUUCGAGGCUCAAAUCAACUAA